AUGCAUCUGAAGGGUGUGCCUCUGGCCUAUAAUGAUGUCUGUGUGCUGGGGCAGCAUGGAGACAUCUACGACGAUAACGGAUACAUUCACCUCGACGUAUAGGCCAACUUUGUCAUCUUCCAACCGAGAGGACAGAAACUACUGGGUAGAGUCAAUAAGCUUGGUGUGAGUCACGUGGGCUAUCCGGUCCACGGCUGUUUUAACGCCAGCAUUCUGAAGCCGGCCCACUUCACCAUGGAGACCUGGAGGGAGGCGGGGCCCAGGAUAGGAGCGGAGCUGGAGUUUGAGGUAUGUCAGCUGGACGCAGACACUGUCGGAGUACUGCUGAUCAGAGGACGAAUGGGCAGGAAACAAGUUCAGAAGCUGAUGGCAGCAGGAGAGAGUUCUGAUCCCAAUGACCCUGCAGAACAGCUGGAGGAACCAGACACAGAACCUGCUCUAGAACCUGCUAGAACCCAGCCACCGUGAAACUCAAGAAGAAGAAAAAGGACAAACACAGAGGAAGAGACUGCAGUACCACCACCCGGCCAGCAGGGAGGCACUGUGUUUGGAACAGCAGAGGACAGUGGCACUAACGGCCACAUGGAGGAGGAGAAAAGGAAGAAAAAGAAUGACAAAGAGGAGGAGAGGGCGGUGAAGUGGAGGUCUCCCGUGGAGGUGCAGGGGAGCAACCUUAGUGACAAGCCAAACAGGAAGAGAAAACAGGGAGACGAAAUUGCGUACUGUCUCCAUGGCGAUCCUGAAACGCCCAAAACCAAGAAAAAGAAAAUUGAUUAUGUGACUGUGACACUGCGACUAACUGUGAAACUGAAUGAACAUUAUAAGAUGGUGAUGAUGACCGUGAUGAUGACUAUAAUGAAAUGCCUUAAGUAGACCUGGUGACUUUGUUUGUUUAGCUAAUCACAGCCCCAGUCCUCCCAUAUUGUUGGGGUGAUCCGUCUCACAGCUGUUUGUAUAGUUUCCUAUAGAAACCUAAUUUCUAUCAGCCUCUAGUGUGGCUCAUAUAGAGAACUACAGCUUUACCCUUCUAGCUAUCACUAGAGCACAUCAACAUGCUGUAGGGUUGUUCAACAAGUCUUAACCAGUGUCUUAAACUAGUCAGUCUUCAAUCUGAAAUGGCAGCCAAUUCCCUAUGCAGUGCACUAGUUUUGACCAGGGCUACUCUAUAGGGCCUGGUCCUUGCAAAAAGUAGUGCACUAUGUAGGAUGCCAUUUUGGACAGGUUGUUGUGUUGUUUUCCUCAAGGUCUCAGAGAGAGGAAAACAUGUUGCUAGUGUCCAGCUCUUAUACGUUUGUAUAGGUGCCACAUUGAAGGCUUCAGUAAAGCAGAGAAAAGUGUUUAUAUUAGUUAAAUAAUUAUAUAUUUGGAAGUGACUGUGUUGUGUGCCUUUCAUAAGUUUGUGUGGUAGAGGAUAGCAGUUGGUGAUGUAGGUCAUUGAGUGAUGUACUGUAUGUCCUCAAAGACACCUCCCCAAGUCACCUGAGUGGGUGUGUUGUUACCUAUUGUACAGUUUGUCAUGUUGUUUACCAGAAAGUUAUUAUCAUACAAUCUGGGCGGUUUAUACAGGGAGGGGGAGUGCAGAGUAAUUUCAAAUAUGUUGAGCCACAUCCCUCCCCUCACUUCAUCUGAGGAACAGAAUGGAAAACAGAGCUGAACACACAGGUGAGAAAUAGAUAGCUCGGCCUACUGUUAGGUGCGAGUGUCUAAUAUAAUAUGAUCGAUGAUAUCAUUUUUGUUAGGAUGGAAUAAGACCUAGGACCUACAGUAGGGUUUGUCAGUAUAUUUCGGUGCAGUAAAACUUAACAAAACUUGCCUUUCUUGCUGUCACAACUUCCGCCGAGGCUGCCCCCCUCCUGGUUUGGGCAGGCUUCGGCGUUCGUCGUCA